UACUUAGUGCGGCUGCGCACUGGCUGUUUCCGGGUGGGGAUGGAGCCGGUUGAGGUUAGAACCGCUUGGUCCUGCGGCACGGGGCGGCUGCGGGCCACGAUUAUCGACUGGAACUCAGAGCGGGGAGAGGCUGGUGUCCGAACUUGUUACUUUGGAACGGCCUCAAACCAAUACUUUGGAAACUCCAUGUGUGCUGUAUCUACAGUGCUCUUCUCAACACCCUGCUGACAUAGCCUUUGUAGAAGUAUUGAGUGAAGCAAGAACUAUGGAGGUUUACACAGGAGAGUACUGUGGAACAAGCCAAGGCCAAAGAGUAGAUAACCUACAAAUAAAUGGUGAACAGGAACAGAUCCUUUUGUUUAAGAAGUGUUUUAAAUUGGAUUUUCCUAGUUCAUUCUGUGAACUAAAGCUGCUAUCUUUAGGUGGAAAAGAGAGAGUACGAAUUGGUAAAAUAUUACUGGGCAUAAAAUAUCCUUCAGUAAGGAUCUCAAGAGGCUUUUCUCCAUUAGGAAAAAACAUUAACUUGGAACGAGUACAAACAAUGAUGGAUUCAAUGGGAGCAAAGCUGUCACCUGGAGCUCAGCAACUUUUUAACAUGGUCCAGUUCCAACAGAAGAAUCAGGCAGCAAUAGGAGGAGUGUUCCAGGGUAUCUUUGGAGUAAGUGAUUUAACAGAAAUUGGAAAAGUAACAAGUUCACCACAGACUGAAGAAAGACUGACCCCUUCCCAUGUAUUUAGCAAAACUAACCCGAUGUCCAUUUCAAAACUGGAAGAAACAAAGGAUCCUGGAGGGAUAAGCACAGUUAACGCUGAAUCCACACGAACAAGAGAUGGUUCAGUUUCGCCCACUGUAACAAAUAAUAAAAAGAAAACUUCGGAUUCUGAAGACAACACACAAGAUGUAGAUCAACAAAAAUUUGCUAGAGGAGAUUUGAAAGGACUUGUGUCAACAUUUCUGUGCAAAGAAAGCAAUGGAGAGCAAAAUGCCUUUAGUUCUGAAAUGCUUCCUCUCCUUCAGGACCUUUGUGGCCAGGUGAAUGAACUUCGUAUGGGAGAAAAGGUUAAAAAUGCAGCAGCAGAGGACUGUGGCAGGCAUUAUCAACAGAAUUUUUGUUCUGAGUUGGAAAAGCAUAUUGCUGAACACAUGGAAUCCAUAGAAAAGAGAUUGAAGGAUUAUAUUGAUUGUCGAAUAAACAUGCUGCAAGUUGACCUUGAUGAGAAGUUUGUUUCACUCACCAACUUGCUUGAAAACAUUGCUUUGAACAGAACUGUAACCAAAAGCUAUGAACGUGACACCAUCUUAACAAAUGGGGAGCUUUAACUGAUUUUUCUUCAUAUCCUUCGAACAGCUACUGUGAACCGGUUUUCCUGAAUGUAGCGUUUAGUACAAGGGUGUCCAAAUUAUGACCCUGGUCAUAUGGAGUGGAAGUUCCAGCCCGUUAAGUUUGUUGAUGUGUGUUUUUCCAUGAACCACGUAUACAGCAAGUGAUCGUGGCCAUGUAGUCCAGGCAACUCGGUCUUACCUGUGCUUAUUAUCACAUACUAUUUUACCAUUGAGGUUUGUUUGUUGGGGCAGCUGAUCCGUGGUCUGUUGCCACAUUAAUGGAUGAAUCAUAAAUCAGGAAACCAAGAUCUGUCAAAAAUUGGCAACUUGAGAUAGAUGCAAGACAAUGGGAACCUAAAACCAUAUAUGUGGCCUGUGAAUGUCUGUGGAAUGCACUUGACUGGCCCACAGAAAAAGCUUGGACAUUCCCAAUCUACCAAAUGCAUCACCAGAAAAUAAAAGUGAAAACGGAACAUUGCAGUUAUAAUUUGAUUCCAUUCUAUAAUUUUUUGACUAGUGGCAUUUUUUGGGCUUAACGCGCUCUCUAUUUAAAAGAAGUUAUUUGUAACAAAUACAAAAUUACUACAAAUCAAAAUGUUCUCAAAAUAAUUUUGUGACUUUGAGACAAUGUGUUGGAUAUUUUUAAUGUCCUAUUAAUUGUUGUUAUUAAGCCCCUGAAGAGUUAAGUAAAGGGCCCUGAAAAUGAUUUUUGGCCCCUCCGCCUUUUUUUUGUUUGGACACUUGCAGCAGAAAUUUAAAACUCCCAAGACAAGUGUAAUUUAGCAUACCUCUUCAAAAUUAUAAACUUUUGCUACCUAACCGCUUUCAAGCAUUCACUUCUACUGUUUUGGGAAGACUUGUCAAUAACUGCCAUUAAUCGACAAUCUAAAAGUUAAUGUGAUUAAGUACAUGUUGAACUUCAGGAAAUCAAUUGUAUCCUAUUGGCAUUCAUACUAAGGUAGCAGCAGUGUAAUGUUACAGUUGCACACUGCAUUGACCUCUGUAUUGACUUCAUAACUUUGUGGACCUGCCUCAAGGUAGUAUUGCAUCAUGGUACCACUAGCAGGAAAGGUGUGUGGGUUUCUUUGGGUAUGCUGCUUAAACAGAAAUCUUGCUUUCAACCCAUUUCCCAAUACUUUAAGUUCUCUUAUCUGGUUGGCUUGCCAUUUGAGGAGUUGAAAUGUAUUGCUAGUGCAUGAAUGGGUAAUUAUAAUGGUUACAUAGCAAGUAAUGCAUAAAUUAUACUGUCAGCUGAGCAAAUACAAGUUAAAGGGAGCUUGGUCAGAUGAAAUGUAAAGUGAGCAACUGAAACAGGAAUGUAUACAUUGGUGUAAUUGCCUACAAGCUUAACCAAAUAUUAAACUGUUUCCUUCAAAGUUUGUUCAAUGUAUUGACCCUCUAAUUCUAGAUGAAAAAUAUAUUUCUGGUAAACUGCAUUUGGAAGAGAUUUUUAUAACUUUAAUUAGGGCAGUUUCUUGCAAGUAAUAUGGACAUUGAAUUUGGUGACUGUGCCAAGUUGGAAGUUAUAUAAACCAUAAUAUGUUUGUAUAAGCCAAUGAAAGAGAUUCAGUCUGAAUUUAAAAGUCUGAAAUUAAGUUUUUAUGAAACUUAAAUUAUUGCAUUGUGUUCAAACAGUUGUAUGAUUAAUUUGUUUUAUCCUGAAUAUGCUGAAGAUGCAGUAAAAGCACAAGAAAAAAAAUGUGGCUUAUUAGAUUAUUUGUUUAAGGGUGAACUUUUGUAUUUAGAAUGUGAAUACAGAAUCCUAAAGAACCAGAAAGUCAUUCUGAAAGUAAUAAAUUUGUUUUUGUGCAGAAAUAUUCUUUAAACUUAAACUCCUCUGCAAUUAUAUAUUUAAUUUGUCUUCCUCUUUGUUCGUUUUUCUCCCAGUAUAAUUGACAGAAAAUAUUUAUUAAUACAACAACAUUGUAAGCAAACUAGCAUAUUUUCAAAUUAUUGGUCAGUAGAUUGUCAGAUAUUAACCAGUAGACUGAUAACUGAUCUUGAUAUUUUAAGGCUUGUGCUGGAUAUAGGAUUUUGAAUUUGCAGUCAAUGGUAUAAAACACUAUUAAAAAUUUCAGUGCUUAAAA